CACAAAAAGCACGUUUCUCACUCCAAGCAUCUCGCGCAGAUUUCAUGCAAGACCGGAAGUGCGAGCAGUACACUGUCAUCACACCCGUUAAGUAGUGAACACCGAGGUCAUCCGUUGUCUCAAGGUGUAUCUGGUCCCGUUACCUGUGGUCGUUAAGCUAGAAAUUGAAUAGGAUGUCUGGAGAUAUACCUCUGAAUAUUAACAUUAAGGAACCACGAUGGGACCAGAGCACAUUUAUGGGCCGGGCUCAGCACUUCUUUAUGGUGACGGACCCAAGGAAUGUGCUUCUUUCCAGUGAGGUUUUAGAGGAUGCCAGAGUUACUGUGGAGAACUACAGGACGGGAAUCGUGAAGCCUGGGCUUACAGAGGAUCAACUAUGGAGGGCCAAAUACAUCUACGACUCUGCAUUCCACCCAGACACCGGGGAGAAAAUGCUGCUAGUCGGACGCAUGUCUGCCCAAGUCCCCAUGAACAUGACCAUUACGGGUUGCAUGCUUACGUUUUACAGGACCACCCCAGCAGUGGUGUUUUGGCAGUGGGUUAACCAGUCUUUCAACGCCAUAGUCAACUACACUAAUCGCAGUGGAGACGCACCGCUUACUGUAAAUCAGCUUGGAGCAGCCUAUGUCAGUGCUACUACAGGAGCUGUUAUAACAGCGCUUGGCUUGAAGUCUUUGACCAAGCACUUGCCUGCCAUCAUCGGCCGUUUUGUUCCAUUCGCUGCAGUGGCAGCAGCAAACUGUAUUAACAUACCCUUUAUGAGACAAAGAGAGCUGAAACAUGGUAUUCCUAUCACUGAUGCCGAAGGAAAACGGCUUGGAGAAUCAACAAAAGCUGCCCAGCAAGCCAUCGUACAGGUGGUUGUGUCUCGUAUUGGCAUGGCAGUGCCAGCCAUGGCUAUUCCUCCAGUUAUAAUGAAUGCCUUAGAGAAGAAAGCCUUCAUGAAGCGGUUCCCAGUUCUCAACGCCCCAGUACAAGUUGGACUUGUUGGAUUCUGUCUUGUGUUUGCCACUCCACUUUGCUGUGCUCUGUUCCCACAGAAGAGUUCAAUGAAGGUGAGCGGUCUGGAGCCUGAGCUUCAAGAGAGGAUACGACAGAGCAGUCCUCAUACCACCACUGUUUAUUUUAACAAGGGUCUGUAGAGCCCUUUAGGUGGAGGCCCAUACUGAUGUACUCCACUGCACUGGAGGUUAGUGGGCACAAUUAAAAGUGUAGUACUUUUUUUCCCGCUGUAUUAAAUUAUAUAUUUCCUGCCACUUUUACCCAUGUUAUUGUGUAAUCGUAAAUAACUCGCUCAUGUAUACAAUAUAGACUGGGAUUAGCUGCUGCAUUUAGUUGUUUUAGUUGAAGAGGCUUGAAUGUCAACUGCUGCAUUGAUGCUUUAAGCACCAUAACUGAUUUCCAUGCACACAAAUUUACAUCAGAUUAUAGAGUGCUUGGUGUCACGCCACAUGCUUUUUUACACUCCAUGCUUUAUCUUACAUUUAUUUAUUCUAGCAUAUGCAUAUUCUCUGUAAAAUGCUUUUUGUGCACUUCCUAAGCUUAAAAAUCUGCCCACUGCCACUUACGUGAAGACAAAAACCGAAAUCAAUUUUCUAUUAAAUUUGUAUUUAACUUUAUUCUGCCAGAAUAAACACAUCCACUUUAUAUCCUCCUGUAUGUGCCACUCAAGUGCACUUAUGCUGUAGAUGCAGUGUGCUUCUGUUUCAUGGCAAACGCACCACAUUCAAAUUUAAACUAUUUGACAACUCUAACUGAUGUACAUUUGUACUUUCUAAAGGCUUUACAGUACUGUAGUUAAUCAUUGAAGUCAUUGCAAAAGUUAAACUUGACGUUAGGUUAUGUGGAUGUUGUUGUUUGUGAUGAAGAAUGAUGAAGUGGUCAAAUUAAUAUUUAUUGUAAUAGUUAAUAUUAACAUUAAUAUGGUUGUAUGAAUAAUUUCACCAAUAUAGAGGCACUACAUAUCUCAAUCAGUAACAGCAAGUUACAGGAACAGAGAUGCCUCUACAGAUUUAAAUCCGUUAAUCUACAUUUAGAAAGAAGAAGGUGCUUCACAUGUCCUAUUUUGUUUGUUCGUGCUCUACGUCCGACUGACAAUUAUGUAAACAAAGUAAUCAGAUUUAUUCAUCAUAUGGAUAUCUGUGAUGUGUUGUACCAAUACUAUAUAUAUGAUGUCAUUUUGUAAGGUAUAUACUGAUGCCCUAUAUUCUUGUAACUUGAGCUCAUAUGAUCAAACUGUUCCUGACAUAUUGUGGUAAUGUUACAGUGUGUAGUUUUUGUUGUUUGGUUUUAUGUUUAUGUGGAGGAAGUUAACAAACCUAUAAGUUGUACUUUUAUUGUAGAAAUGCACACUUUGAUGUUGAUAUGUACUCUGGGAGGCAAACCUUUUUGGGCCUUAUACCCAAGCACAUUAUGUUACUCAGCAUUUGACGUAUAUGCUGUUAGUUUCAGCACAUUUAAUGCACACUUUCCUUGUCACUAUGAUAAAUUUGUGCAGAUAUUGAAGUGAAUAUAUAGAAGUGUUAAAUAUUUAUGCAGAUAUGACUAUUUGAUUGUGAUUUGUGUCUUAUCUCAUCUCUGGCUGUCCUGUUUAAAUUGAAACCCUCAGACCAGUUAAAUCACAUGCUGUCAAGACUCAUUCUUUACUGAAUAACCCACAAUCUAAGUUCACUUGGUCACAUUCAGUCAACUUUACAGUAUUGUUUUACAGUAAUUUUAUCAUAAAGGACUCAGAAUUUCCCAACUUACUUAUACUUUAACAAUCACACACCAACCCAGCUUACAGUCUGAAGCAUAUAACUACCAUUACGUUAUCCUUUGUUUUUGUGGUUGGAUGUAGGGUUCAGGUGGAUGCUUUAUGAUUGUAAAUUGCACUUAAAAACUUUUGAGUAGAGAAUUUUCACUGGUUAUUAAUGUAUAAAAUCAGGGUGUUGUCCAUCAAGAAUAAAAGAAAAUUUCGUUUGUACUUUGAUCUAAAUGUACUUUAAAAUUUAAAUCAACUUGAAAUCGUUGCACCAAAUGCCCUUUUACAACAAUUAGACCUUGCCAAAGAACAGUUCUUGUUUUGAUGCAAACUUGCUUGACACUCAUAUUUAUUAAUAGAUCUCUAGUUGUCUAAACGAAGCACUGCAAUUUAAAUGUAAUUUUGAAGUAACAUGGGUACAGUUGUUGUACCGUAAAGACCCACAUUAGCACAAUAAUAUGGUUAUUUUUGGUGCUUAUUGCAUGUUUUAUUUUUUCCAGCAUUUUUAUUGUUUUGUUACAUCCUUGUGUGUAUUUUAUCUGGAACUAUGUAAUAAAGAUAUAAAAACUG